CUCUGCCACAAAGAUGCCCGCUAAGAACUUAGCGAUUGUGUGGGCUCCCAACCUCUUCAGAUCCCAGCAGAACGAGUCUGCCUGCGCCAGCGGAAGAGCUGCCUGCAUGGAACUGCAGAGGCAGUCAGAUGUGGUGGAGUACAUCAUCAGCCACACAGACGUCCUCUUCUGCUCCACAUCCACAGCAGGCAUCGGAGAUGGAGCAGGGCGCAGUUCUCCAUCAGGGCCCAAGUCUGUGCGGGUGUCUUCUCCUGCCACCAUGCUGCUCAGCGUGGAGGAGGCACAGGCACAGAGGCGAGGCCACAGCAGCCCUCCCGCACUGACACGCAGCACAAACAUCGAAGUGGAAGAAGGCCCCGCAGCUGCAGGGGGCAAAUUCCACACAGUCAUCGCCUUUCCGUCUGAAAGACCAAGUCCACCCAGCAGGGUGAAGGAAUCCCCAGCAUGCAGUUGGUGUUCCUGCUUCAGCUACGAGCUGGCCCUGCAGAGCAUCUCCAGCCCUGUCAGUAUCACCAUCCAGCUGCGGCAGGUGGAGCUCACCCUGUCCAAUGCCAGGCAGUACUGCUUGGUCUGGUGUUUAGCUGCUAUUUACCUGUAG